AUGAAACCACCCCGCAUUUAUCCCAGUCUAGCCAGCGAUUCCGAUGCGCCGGACAGCGGUAUGACUGGCCGGGAGUUGGCCGAAAAACUACCGGAAUGCCAUCGAGCCCUGGGGAUUAACGAAGCCCAGGCAGAAGCUUGCCAAAAAGUAGCCGAAAAGAAUGAUGCGGUUGUCUUUUAUAUGGAUGAUGUUCAGAAUAUGGCAGCACUUCCUCAAGCCCAACCGACUCGAAAGCGAGCUGUACUGCAAGCCAUGGCUUUGGCGGUGACGACACCAAAACAAGCUAAUGAGAUUGAUUCCUAUCUACAUCAAUAUAAUUUCUGCCCACCACCCGUUUUUAUCCUACUUGUCACUGCCAUUCAGAUCGGCGUUUUCUUCUACUAUUAUUGGACACAACCACAUAGUCAAUCAAUCUCAACAUACUGUGCUGGUUGCUACGUCAAUCAUCACGUUGGCCCAAUGAUGUUUGUGCCAAAAAUGAGGGCCCAAGCUUGGCGCUUCCUGACGUAUAUGUUUCUACAUGCCGGAAUUAUGCAUCUCGUCUCAAACCUCACUAUACAACUCAUCAUCGGAAUUCCACUCGAGCUGGUCCACAAAAUCUGGAGAAUCGGCCCGCUAUAUUUGUUGGCCGUGGUUUCCGGAGCGCUUCUGCAAUACGCGAUGGAUCCGAGUGUGAUGCUUGUUGGCGCUUCUGCCGGAGUCUAUGCUCUUAUUAUGGCUCACAUUUCGAAUUUAGCUCUGAAUUGGUCCGAGAUGCCAUUCCGUUGGAUACGUCUAUUAGUGCUGGCCGUUUGGGUGUCAUUUGAUGUCGGCGGAACGAUCUACCGUCGUUUCUACGAAGACCCAUGCGAUCGUGUCUCACAUGUGGCCCACAUUGCCGGUGCAAUUACGGGACUUUUCUGUGGAUUCUUCAUUCUCUACAACGUUGUGCCGGAGAAAUGGGAGCAAAUUGGUCGCUGGAUCAGCUUCGGCGUCUACACGUUCUUCUUUAUUGCUGCCAUUGCAUUUGCCGUCAUGCGUCAACCAACCGAUUCCCCUAUUUGGAGCACUACUGGCUGUGAUUCUGAUUUA